CAAGGUUGUCGUACUACCCGUUACCGAUCAAGUAAUCCAGCGUGUUGAAGCUUGGGCUGCUGCCGAAGGUGUUACUUCCAUGAAGUUCUUUGAUAAGAAGAGAGAUUUGGAGACAUUUCAAGAUGGCGAUCAAAUUGCAGGAGUGGAUGACACGGAACAAGGUUACUUAGAGGAAGCCUUCGAUCAGGACUAUGAACCUGAAGAAGAAGAUGAACGUGAUUUCAACUUACGUGGACAAUUCGAUGAUAUCGAUGACUCCAAAAGAAAUGAGCUCUUGGCAGAUGCAGACAAUGAUGUCGACGAUAUGCCGGAACUCACUGUCAGAUUCCAAGGGGAUGAUGACUAUGAAUCAGAUGACAACGAUUUGGGUGUUGAAGGCGAUGAAGAGGAAGAACCUAUUGUGGCCGAUUUGGAUCACCAUCAAGAAAAUGUCGAUAGAGGAACCAAUGAUAUUGGAAGCCUCGUUACUGAUCUGGAGGAUCUACAAGAACCCCCAGAAGAAGAGAUUGUAUUUGAGCGUGAAGAGCCUCAAUUAGCAAAAGUCACUCGAUCUGGGCAAUCAGUAAUGAUGUUACUCGCGGAAAAGCAAUUCGAAAAGACAGUUAAAGGUCGCCUAGUAUACCAAGGCGAUGGAACUCGUGAAUGGUUAUCGCGAGAGGACACUGCAAGUCCAACUGCUUCGCAAGAAGCAAUCACCACUACUUGUGUUAUUGAUGCACACGAAGGUAGAGAUAUAAUGAUGAUGGACGUGCCUAACACUUUCAUUCAAACUUAUAUGCCUGAAGCUAAGAAAGGAGAAGAUCCUAUCUACAUGAAAAUCACUGGCAUGAUGAUCCAGAUAUUGAUUGACAUGGCCCCAGAGUAUUGCAAAUACAUUGUUUUGGAGAACGGAAAGCGAGUAAUCUAUGUGCAGGUACUACGUGCUAUAUAUGGGAUGUUGCAAUCGAGCCUCCUAUUCUAUAAUCAGUUUCGAAGUGAUUUGGAGGCAAAGGGAUUUGUUUUCAAUCCGUAUGACCCUGUUAGAAUAAUGCAAAAUGUGCUCCAUCGUGAGUGCCUUUAG